AUGACCUCUUCGGAGGCUACUGCCCGUGACGCUGGGGCCCAAAAUGGAACAAAACCAUACUCGAUACCGAAGCUCGUCCCGAGAACGCAAAGAAGGUCGCCUCGAAUAUCAGCGCCAACGGAACCAGCGCCUGAGACACCUCCAUUACCUGCUCCUCCAGCGCUUGAAUCCAUCCAUUUCACGACUCCGGUCAAGCGCAUCUUGUCUCCGGCCGAUCACACGAGAUUCCUAGCCUCGCCUGCCUACUCUUUGAUACAAGCAUGGAUUUUCACAUUGGCCGACUGCGUACGCGGUCGCGCCAUUUCCUCCCUCGACUCGCAGCGUCUGUCAGCCAGAAUCCAACGCCUCGACGCCGUCCUCGACGCCAUUGAAUCGCUCCUGCAACGGUACCCUCCACUUGACACUGGAUCACGAUUCGGCAACCCAGUCUUCCGUAGCCUGCACAAGGCCAUUGUCAGAGAUGUGGAUAGGAUACACUUGGAAGUGCUGGGCAUAAAGAACGAGGCCGCCAUACAAGAGGUCUCGGUCUAUCUAAUCAACUGCUUUGGCUCAGAGGAACGGCUCGACUAUGGAUCGGGUCACGAGCUGAACUUCAUGAUGUGGUUGUUAUGUCUGUACCAGCUCAAGCAGAUCGAAGGAGAGGACUUCCCGGCGCUUGUGUUGCACACGUUCGUUCGCUACCUCAACCUUAUGCGGAAGAUCCAAAGCACCUACUACCUCGAGCCAGCCGGCAGUCACGGUGUGUGGGGGCUAGAUGACUAUCAAUUUCUCCCCUUCUUCUUCGGCGCCAGUCAGCUGGUCGGGCACCCUUACAUUACGCCCAAGUCCAUUCACAACAACGUCGUGCUGGAGGAAGAAGGCGACAAGUACAUCUACCUGAACCAAGUCCGGUGGGUGGAUAGUGUCAAAACCGUCAAGGGACUCCGCUGGCACAGCCCAAUGCUGGACGACAUUUCGGGCGCAAAGAGCUGGCAAAAGGUGGAAGAUGGCAUGAGAAAGAUGUUCACCAAGGAAGUCCUCGGCAAACUACCGAUUAUGCAACAUUUCUUGUUUGGCGGCCUAAUCCCGGGCACCGAAGACAUGGGCCAACUAGAUCCAGAGACACUUCGGGCGCAGGCGGAACGAAUGCAGCAUGUGAAGGAGUACGGCCACGAACCCGACUACUGGGGCGACUGCUGUGGCAUCAAGGUGCCUAGUACAGUGGCAGCAGGAGAAGAGAUGCGAAAACGCUUGGGCACGUCGGGCGCUUUGCGGCCAAUCCCAUUCGACUGA